AUGGAUGGAUUACAAGUCGCCAAUGCCUCGCAAGAGAAGCAAGCUGUGAUCGUACGCCAGGGCCAGGCAGACAAAUAUACAAACUCGCAGGCAUACACAUACCCUGGGGCUGUUAGCGAUCAGCUGGGAGGAUCAGACUACCAAGCCUCCCCUCCGACGCCUUACAAUCCGCCACUGGCCCGCGCCCCAUCACGCUUACCAUGCGGACUUUCAGUCUUAGCAUAUACGAUUCUCGUCGCUGCCGUGACUCUGGCGAUAUGUGCCGCCGGGUUUGGAGGUGGGAUUGGCGCGAUCGCCGCAAGCAAAGACAAAACCUGCUCAACAAACAACAAUGACUCUCCGAUCGGAGCGCAAUCGCAAGCAACAACAACGAUAACUAGAACGACGGGGAUUACGGCUACCGCCACCAGCUCCACAGCCACAUCUUCGCCCAUAAAUGGCCUCGUCAAUGACUAUACCCCUCUUCCCCCAUCUACCGUCAACACCACUUCUCUCAACUGCACAACGGGAACGUCAGUUUACUCCGCCUCCGGCUCCCAGUUCCAACUGACCUGCGACAAAAACUACCCCGGUAACGACAUCGUCUCCAUCAUCACCUACACAUUAGAUGUGUGCGUCGAAGCCUGUGCGAAUAUGAACGUUCUACAAGCCCAGACGGUAUGUCACGGGGUCAUGUACAACGCCAACUUAGCAAUGAUGGUGCAGAACGGAAAUGGCAAUUGUUGGUUGAAGACCGCGAUGCAGAAUCCCGUUGAUGAUGAUUUCCCGCCUAGUGUGGGCGCAGCUCUGAUUUCAAGUCCAUGA